AUAAAAAAGUAUGAACGUAUAGAGACUAUAUAGAUCCCCUAAGUUGAAGGAAAAUGGACAGGCUAUUGACCUCUCAUAGAACCCCAACGGCAUACGGAAGAUCAGCCAUCCAUCCAUCAAAAUGUUAAAAAACACACACACACACACACACAUACUUCAACACUGGAUAUGGAUUCCAGAUUCGCUGGAAAAAGGAAAAAAAAGGAAAAUGUCAAAACAAAGCUUUUAUUUUUUAAUAUCCCCAUGUUGAAUACAAGAACGUGCGUAGAUUCCUUUUGCUGAACAACUGAACAAGGAUUGAUUUGUUUCUAUACACAUUUCAAUUCACUUAAUGAUUGAAUAUCAGCAUUUCAGUGUGGACUAUCAGAAUAUAGUGACGUCAUGGAUCCACAAGUAAAAGAUUAUUAUAGAUUUCGCAGCUCAAGUGUUUCGUCUACCAACAGUGAUGUGUUUGAACCCACUUCAAGUAACAAUGCUAAGCAGCGAGCAUCUGCAGUAGAAUGGUUAAAUGGUAUUCUGCCUGAUUUAAGUUUGCCAAUAAAUGCUUCAGACGAAGAAUUACGAGCAUUCUUGGUUGAUGGAUCUGUUUUAUGUCGAUUACUAAACAAACUAAAACCUGCUUCCGUGCCUGAGUGUGGUGGUGGUUCUAUUCGUUCUUCACAAACGCGGCAAGAAAACGUACAGAGGUUUUUGUUAGCAAUGGAUGAAAUGGGGUUACCGAGGUUUCAGGCGGCAGAGUUGGAAAAGGGAUCGAUGAAAAUAGUGUUGGACUGCCUAUUAACAUUACAGACGCAAUUUACACUGAAUGCCGAGAGACAUAAUAGUAAUGGAACUGAUUUGAGUUCAAGACGGUUUCUCUCUUCCCCACCUUUUGGAGAAGACAGACGAAAGUUUGCUCCAGAGUCUAAAUUUCAGCGUGCUUUACGUAGUCCUAUUAAGACAGAGCCAUCAGCUGCGCUUAUAAAUCACGUUGGUCAUAAGUUUCAUGAAGUCUUUCAGUUUAAACAAGUAUCUUAUACGGAUGCAAAUAUUUCAGAAAUGAUGAAAUCCAACAGCUUUGAUAAUUCUCCAACGCAGUCGCUAUUAAGUGUGAUCAAUGGUAUUUUAGAUGAAAGCAUUGAGCAGAAGAAUGGAGAAAUACCUCAUCGUGUAGCUUGCCUAUUGAGAAAAGUUGUGCAGGAGAUUGAACGUCGAAUAUGUACUCAAGCAGAGCAUCUUCGAACGCAAAAUAAUAUUUUUAAAGCUCGGGAGGAGAAGUACCAAUCUAGAAUUAGAGUUCUUGAAGCCCUUGCAACAGGGACUAGUGACGAGACACAGAUUGUUAUGAACCAGCUCCAACAGAUCAAGAAUGAGAAAAACAAAAUAGAAGAGAAAAAGAAAGCGGAGGAACAAGAAAUGGCAAGACUGAUGAAAGAGAAAGACGACCUUAAUCAAGAGAUAUCAAAUCUUAAGCAACAGCUCCAAGAUAUAGCUAAGACAUCCCAAGCUGAAUCUCAAGCUCAAGCUCAAGCUCAAGCUCAAGCUCAACAACUACAGCUCAACGAUACAUCUAAAGAGUCUCAAAGUUUACUAACCGAGGAGUCAACAAAUAGAGUUAAGGAACUUGAGGAUAGGUUAAAACUAACUCUAAGCUUACAAACAGAGUCCACAAAUAAAGUGAAGGAGCUCGAAGAUAGGUUAAAAGAGUCUGUCAUCUUGCAAACCGAGUCGGCAAAUAAAGUUAAGGAGCUUGAAGACAGGUUGAAAGAGGCUGAAAUCUUGCAAGCAGAGUCAACAAAUAAAGUGAAGGAGCUUAAAGAGAGGUUAAAAGAGAGGGCAAGCUUAGAAACAGAGUCGACAAAUCAAGUGAGGGAGCUUGAAGAUAAGUUAAACGAGACUGCAAGUUUGCUAACACAGUCAAGAAAUAGAGUUAUGGAGGUUGAGGCAUCCCUUGAAUCCAAAUCUGAAUGGUGGAAGAAGAAAGAAAAUAUCUACCAUAUAUUCACCGAAUUUCAGCUCGGUGCACUACGUGAACUAAAAUUUUCAUCUCAGUCGAUACACCAAGAAAUUUUGAAAACGAAGAAAAGCUAUUCAGAAGAAUUCACUACUUUAGGGUCAAGGAUCAAGACUCUAGACGAUGCAGCAAAGAACUAUUAUUCAGUCCUUGCUGAAAAUCGAAAGCUGCACAAUGAACUACAAGAGCUAAAAGGAAAUAUUAGGGUGUAUUGCCGGAUAAGGCCAUUUCUCCCGGGGCAGAAAGGGAAAAGUUCGAUUAUUGAGUACGUUGGAGACAAUGGUGAGCUAAUAGUUUCGAAUCCAUCAAAACAAGGCAAAGAAGGACGCCGCUCCUUCAAAUUCGAUAAAGUGUACAGCCCAGCAGCAACACAAGCUGAAGUAUUUUCAGACACACAACCGUUAGUACAAUCUGUUUUGGAUGGAUACAACGUAUGUAUAUUUGCGUAUGGUCAGACUGGUUCAGGGAAGACCUACACCAUGACUGGACCUGAUGGAGCAACGGAAGAAGAAUGGGGGGUUAAUUAUCGGGCUUUAAACAAUCUUUUCCGUAUUUCACAGAGUAGGGAGAGCAACUUUACAUAUGAAAUUUCCGUCCAGAUAGUGGAAAUAUAUAACGAACAAGUCCGUGAUUUGCUCGUAAAAAACGACGGUUCAGCAAAAAGACUCGGGAUUUUGUCAACGUCGCAACCCAAUGGUUUGGCAGUGCCAGAUGCUAGCAUUCAUGUGGUAAAAUCAACCUCAGCUGUUUUGGAACUUAUGGAUAUUGGACUGAAUAAUAGAGCCAAAAGUUCGACUGCCAUGAAUGAAAGAAGUAGUAGAUCACACAGUAUUGUGUCAAUUCAUGCGCGGGGGCUGGAUCUAAAGAGUGGUUCUUCUCUACGAGGCAGUCUUCAUUUAGUAGAUCUUGCUGGAAGUGAAAGAAUUGACCGCUCGGAAGUAACUGGAGACAGACUUAAAGAGGCACAGCAUAUAAACAAAUCAUUAUCCGCACUUGGUGAUGUCAUCUUUGCUUUGGCACAAAAGAAUUCUCACGUUCCUUAUCGCAACAGCAAGCUCACUCAAGUCCUACAGGGCUCCUUAGGUGGUCAGGCAAAGACACUUAUGUUUGUGCAGCUGAAUCCAGAUGCAACUUCGUUUAGUGAAACCUUAAGUACAUUGAAGUUUGCUGAAAGGGUAUCUGGUGUUGAGCUCGGCGCAGCUAAAAGCUCCAAAGAUGGCAAAGAUGUUCGUGAGUUGAUGGAACAGGUUUCAUCUCUAAGAGACACCAUAGCAAAGAAAGAUGAGGAGAUAGAGACACUGCAGCUUCUUAAAGAUCCCAAAAAUGGAACCAAUGCUGAGAAACGGGCUACCACCUCAUUGAGAAACUGAUGGAGAGGCUCUUCCCUGAUUAAGAAAGACAAAUUGGGAACGUACACAAGCGUAGAGUUCCACGACCCUCAACUGGUAUGACCACACACAUAUUUAUAUAUAUAUAAUAACGAUACACAAUUGGUAAAUUAUGACGUUGAUGAGCAAUUCGGUUGUAUUCAGCUUUAGCUACUCGUGAUCUUGUUUCAGGUUUGAGAAAAUAUGCCA